ACAGAUAAUACUUAUAAUACUUUAAAUCAUGUAAUGAAUUCCCUUCCCUUGGAAAAUUUCGCAAACAUUCAAUACUUUGGUUUGGUGCAAAUCGGUCAUCCUCCACAAUUAUUACGAAUAAUGUUUGAUACGGGUUCAAGUCAUACUUGGGUCUCAGCACCUGAUUGUAAUGAGAAUCAGACCAAGUGUUCAACGACUACGUCUUUUAAUAAAACAGCCUCGACUACAUUUAAAUUUAUAGAACCCAGAGUAAACAUUAGUGUCACAUAUGGUAAAGGAACCGUUAGUGGGAUCUUAGCACAAGAUAACAUGAGUAUUGGCCGUUUAAUGCUGGGCGUCCAACAAUUUAUUUUAGUUAACCAAGAACAAAAUUUACAAGGCGUAAGAUUUGAUGGCGUUAUUGGCCUUGGAAUAUCACAAGAUUCACGGUAUAAUUCUUCAGUAUUUUCUAAAUUAAUUGAAGUUAAUAAAGGUGAAGCAGUUAAAUUUGCAUUUCAUUUAUCAAAAAAUCCAAAAAGCAUUUCCGAAAUUAUUUUUUAUACGAAUAAAAUAUAUUUUGACCAAAUCAAAGGAUUCGCAUGGACAUCUGUCGUAAAUAAAACUCCUUAUGCCUGGACGUUUAAAGCUUUUGUUUCCCUAGUUAAUAAUGAAAGAAAAAAGCAUAAAACCCAUAAUUUGAAUAGCCACGCGUACAUGAAUCUUUUUAUAUUUGGAAUAGUGGAUUCCGGUACAUCAUUCAUAGCCAUACCCGAGAACCAUUACACAGAGAUUAUAUCUGCCUUAAUUCCUACUGAUUUACAACGUUUCUGUUGGGUAGAUCCAAUUACCAAGCUACUACAAUGCCCCUGUUCAACCUACUCGUAUUUUAAUUCACUAGAAUUGAAAAUCCCUUCGACCAUUUUUUCUCGUAACCAAUUGUUUCAUAAACGCAACUCCAAACUAUCCUUUUACAAAAUCAUUUUUUCACCUGAAGACUACGUUACACGCAUCAGUGGCAAUAGUAUCACCCAUUAUAACACUACACUAGAAAAAUCUAGAUCCAAAAACACAGCUUUCAAAAAUUUAGAUUUCUUAAAUGCAGUCUGCCAAAUCAACAUACGAUCUGGACCUAACGAGUUACCUUGGAUUUUUGGAGAUAUAUUUUUACAAAAAGUAAAUGUUUUUUUUGUUAGCAAACCAUCCCAUUCUAUUAUAGGAUUUCGUCUAAAAACUGAUGAAUUUUCCCCAUACAAUGAAGUCAACGAUAACGAUAACUUUCUUAAUUUACUUUCUACCACUUCUUCUCAGAUAGUCCACAUCCCAAUUAACGCUACGGACGAUAACUUAAUUAAGCAAUUAUAUAAGAAAUUUACAGAUUUUUAUCAAACAAAUUUUUUCGUAGUAUACUGUGUAAGGCUUAUUCUUUUAGUCUACAUUACCUUUAUACUUUUGGUUAUAUUUUACCUUUAUAAUACUUCCAAAUUCAAUACAUUAACUACACGGUUAAAAAAAAAAAACUUAACAGAAAACACAAUGCAAGACACAUCUCAAUAUUAUCUUCUUCAAGAAUAGAUACGUGGUUCAAUGAAUUCGAUAACCGUCCUCAAUUUCAUCCACUCAACUUAAUUUUGUCGUUAUAAUCAAACGGAAGAUUUUUCAAUGUUAAGGAAACAAAGUAAAAUUUUUAAUAACUCCUUCAUUCAAUUAACUGUAGCAAAACUUCAUGUAGAAAUUUUUUUUUUUUUUUCUCAAUGUAAAUUUGUAUAGUAUUGCAUGAGUUUUCAAAAUAAGACUCAUUGAACCCUUAAGAAAAAAUCAUAA